CUCUUUUGUUGCCUCAUCUCUUUCUUCUUCAAUUUCUUAUUGUGUUUGCUACAUAAGCAGCUUUGUUGUGAGGAAAAAAAUAAAGAGAUAAACAAAACACAAAAAUGGUGGUGAAAAACUCGAUCAAAUUCAACUCUCAGAGUGAGCGCAAGUCUUUGGAAGAGACCAAGGUUCCUCCUAUCUUUGGCCUUCCUCCAGAUGCCUUAGACGACAAGAAACCUACCUCGGAUUUUGCAGUACCUAUCAUCGACUUUGCAGGCGUCCACAAGUCGCGUGAAGCCGUUGUGGAGAAGAUCAAAGCCGCUGCAGAGAAUUGGGGAAUUUUCCAGGUGAUCAACCAUGGUGUUCCUUUAAGUGUUCUUGAAGAGAUUCAAAAUGGAGUUGUUAGGUUUCAUGAGGAAGAUCCGGAGGUUAAGAAAUCUUACUUCUCGCUUGACCUCACCAAAACAUUUAUCUACCACAAUAAUUUCGAACUUUACAGUUCGUCUGCUGGUAACUGGAGAGACUCUUUCGUUUGUUACAUGGAUCCCGAUCCUUCAAACCCUGAAGAUCUCCCAGUGGCUUGCAGAGAUGCUAUGAUCGGAUACUCGAAGCAUGUGAUGAGUUUAGGUGGCUUGCUCUUUGAACUUCUCUCAGAAGCUCUUGGUUUGAACUCUGAUACUCUUAAGAGUAUGGGUUGCAUGAAGGGUUUGCAUAUGAUCUGCCAUUAUUACCCUCCCUGUCCACAACCUGACCAAACCUUAGGCACAAGUAAGCAUUCCGACAACACUUUUAUCACUAUUCUUCUUCAGGACAACAUCGGUGGUCUUCAAAUUCUUCAUCAAGACUGUUGGGUUGAUGUCUCGCCUCUUCCCGGGGCACUUAUCAUCAACAUCGGAGAUUUCUUGCAGGUAAGCUCACUGAUCCAUAGUUGGACCUAAAAGUAUAAGAUAACAUAAAACAGAGGUUUUAGUGCGUGAUGCAUUGAUUUACUUUCUCACUUAAGGUUUUCUUAUUCGGGUUGUGCUGCACAACUUGUGCAGCUAAUGACGAACGACAAGUUCAUAAGCGUUGAUCAUAGGGUGCUUACAAACAGAGUUGGACCGAGGAUUUCAAUCGCAUGCUUUUUCAGCUCGAGUAUGAAUCCAAAUUCCACAGUUUACGGACCAAUCAAAGAGCUUCUCUCUGAAGAAAACCCUCCAAAAUACAGAGACUUCACUAUACCAGAGUACUCAAAGGGAUACAUUGAGAAAGGUCUCGAUGGAACAUCGCAUCUGUCACAUUACAGGAUUUGAGAUCUUUAAAAAAACAAAAUAUAUCCUGUUUGAAGCAAGAUAUUCAGAUAUGUCUAUGUUCCGUCCUUUCCUUAUCCAUGUAAAAGCUAGUACUCUGUUCUUGAGGCUGCAACUGCAAUAACAAAAGCAUUGUACCAAAGAUAAGAAACAAAUGGUGUGUGUGUGUGUAUUUGUUGAAACAUGUGUGGUUUAUAUUGGAUCUUUAGAUUCAAACUUUGUUUACUUACUCUUCUCGAGGCUCCGUGGAUUCAACAAUCUUUAUCAAGAAAUUUGAUCGAAUUGUAACUAGUCAGAGCAUCAGAUUAGUACCUGUCUAAGGCUUUAAUAUAUUCCCCUAGGGUUUCGUAAUGAUUCAAGAACAAGCAAAAACGCACUCGUCGAAACAAUUACAUACCUCGACGAGACUCAGGGUCAACACGGUUCUCCGAUUUGACCUAUGACCUAUCGGCGGCGGCGAGAAGGGGUUUCAGGUGAUUAGACUAGAAGGUUUGACUGACGGUGGCUAACCGCCGGUGGGCCCAGAAGCUACGACACCAUUGAAGCAAUCAAAGAAAAGAUUGGUGGGGACGAAAAGGGUUUCUGUGUUAUAAGCCGAGCC